CUAAAUAAUGACUGAAUUUGUACUGUGCUAUUUGAUUGGCUUAUGACUCUGUCGGAGCAUUUCAUUGGAUGUUGAUCCAGAGAGUGUAGUGUGGUCAGUUCAAACCUAACGCAGGACAUUGAUUGAACAGUACUGAUAAAAACAUAUCUCCUUUGACAAAGAUGGCAAACAUGUUUUUUGAUCAGGUUUCUUCUAGUGCCAAAAAUAAAGAGAAAACAACCUCUACGCCAACGUCUAAAGAUAACCACUCAGUGACCAAAAGGUUACAACAGGAACUGAUGACAUUGUUGAAAUCAGGAGAGCCUGGUGUGUCAGCAUUUCCAGAUGGUGACAAUCUUUUCUGUUGGGUUGGCACCAUUGAAGGUGGCACUGGAACAGUAUAUGAUGGACUGAAGUACAAGUUGUCCUUGGUAUUUCCAAGUGGGUACCCAUACAAGCCGCCAACUGUCAAGUUUGACACUCCUUGUUACCAUCCGAACGUUGACACACAUGGCAACAUCUGUCUCGAUAUCCUCAAGGAAAAGUGGUCAGCUCUCUACGAUGUCCGAACCAUCUUGCUGUCCAUACAGAGCCUACUUGGUGAACCAAACAUUGACAGCCCCCUGAACAGCAAUGCAGCUGAUUUGUGGCAGAAUCAAACAGCCUACAAGAAAUACCUGCAUGAGAGUUAUGACCGGGAUGUCCGUCGCAAGCAGAGUUCAUGACAAGAUGACAUCUAGUGCGGACCCAGACACCUUCUCUAGAUGCCCAACACUCUGCCUCUCCUCCGCCCAUUCCACUCUUUACAGUCACACUGCAUACAGUUCCACCAACACACAACAUUCUCACGUCCAUGUUGCCUGACAACAUGCCUUAUCUGUCUGUACAGUACUAGUCUGUUACAGUCCUCCAGGGGACACCUGGUGUCACUAUCUGUUUACCCAAUGCUGUAGUGAUUUAGGCUCUUGAAGCAUUGUUUAUAAAAAUUAUUAUUAUUUUACAUAUUUUCUCCAUAUACAUCUAAUGCUAAAUUCUUGGUUAAAAAAAAUGUGAAAUGAGAUUCCUCUUUCGUGUCAUGUUGCUGCAAAGAGAGUUUGUUGAUUUUAAUAUUUUAUGAAAAAAAGUCAGGAAUAUAGUGCUAGGUGUAUAUCUUGUAAAUAGAGAAUAAAAUAAAAAGAAUUCUUAUUAAGACAGUGCUUGAAGCCCCACUGUAUACUGGUACUUGUUGCACCAUGUUGCUAAGCAACAUAAAAUUGUUUGACCUUGGCUAGAUGCAUGUUUGCUUCAAAGUAUUCAAGACAUGCUCAUCUUAUUGGUGCAUGUAUUUGUUUUUGCUAUGUUUUUAUCUUGACCAAUUUGUGAAAAUCAUUUUUAUAUACUGAAGACAUUUUCUAAAUAUUUAUAACUGUGACAUCUUCAUAAUUACUCAUUUUCAGUGACCAUGCAUCUUAAAGUACAUACAAAUUCACGAACCAGAGGUGCUUCUGUACUUGCACAGAUAGUCAGUUGAUAAGAUGCUUGUGUUCAAUAUCAAUGGACUAUUUAUUGUUUGUCAUAAUGUGUUGUCAUGUUCAAACACAGAAUUAGUUCUCCGUCAGCCAUAGAGUGUUGGAGACAGCUUAUGGAGGAGUGUCAGAAUCAUAUGAUGGUGGGUUGAACCCCAUGUUUAGCCCAGUUUUAAUUCUUGGUUUGUUGGCACCAUUCCCGUGUUUCUGGGUUCCACCAAAGUGGUUAACGUCGAUGACCUGCAUCACUUUUGGUGUCCUCCCACAUGAAGCUGACACGCCGUGAAGAAACUGUUAGGGUUACAUCCCUUAGUGGCUAAGUUUAAGCUUGAAGAUUUAUCCUAAAUAUUUUCCUUGCUAUAUUACUGGUGUACAAUGCGGGUGGAUUUUACCAAAGUGGUAAACUUAUAAAACAUGCAUCACUUUAGAGCUUCCUCCAACAUUAUGCUUACCAGUAUACAGUCAUAUUACUGGAAAACAUUCAAACGUCCUUGCUCAUAUUCAUUUUCAUUUAGGGGGCACAGGUGGCCCUGUCGUCUAAGGCGCUGUGCUGAGUUGCGUCCCUUGGUCCAGAAACCUAUGAUUGUGGGUUGGAAUCCCGGUUUGCCCCGACUAUGUUUCUAGGUUCGUCAGCACCAUACCCGUGCUCAUGGAUUUCACGGAAGUGGUAAACGCCUAAGACCUGCAUCACUUCAGGCUUUCCUCCCACAUUAAGCCGACACACCGUGAUAUAACUGGAAUUCUGUUAAAAGCAGUGUUAACACAACUCACUCACUCAUUUUCAUUUAACUGAAAUUCAAUUUACUUAAUUUUGAAAAUUGUAUCUACGAUAUGAUCACAUGCUUUUUUGUCACAUCCGUGAAACAUUAUUUCUAAUACUAAUUACUAAUGUCAUCUCUGGUCCCUCUAGCACCUAUAACCGUGGCAUAAUGGCUCACUGCAUCUUUAUGUUUAAGAUGGGUGAUGAGAUAGCCUAGUGGUUAAGGCAUGCAAUUUCCAACGUGGAUUAAAUAUGUGAAUCCCAUUUCUGCUGUCCCUGCCCUUAUAUGAAUUGAGUGUUGCAAUAAAAGCGCACAAACCCCUACUCACUCCAUCACUCACUCAUACGUGGGUGUGGUCCGUCGACCUGUUUCUGUGUUUGUAUAUGUCAAGUUUUGCUAUAUUUAUCGUUGUGAAUUACAAUGUUUUUGUGACAGCCUUUUGUAUGUGCACUGCUGUCAACAGCUGAGGAAUAAACUAUUGUAAAUAACA